UAGGACAAGAUUUUCUUCCCUUGCUAAUGCUCCAGGAUAAAGUGUCAAAGUUGUUCCCUAGCUGGAUCUGCAUUACCCAUCCCCUGCUUUCCUGGGCAGCAACUACAUCAGAGAGGGGCAGUGUCAGUCAGAAAUGCUCCAGUCAAGUCCUGAGCCUUUCCUACAAGACUGCAAGGGAGAGAGAGAGAGAGAGAGGGAAAAGCUCCCCCAGCCUCAAGAGCUUUCCAGCCAUAUGUGUGUAAAAAUUUCUUCCUGUGCCACGUGACCGAGGAAGAGGCGCAGAUCCAUUACACAAUAAUAAAAAUAUGCCUUUGGCAACGUGGAGCCAAAGUAGAGCUGCUGCAAGAAGCUAAAAAUACGCACAAAAAGGAGUAAAACAAUAAUUAAAAGAAGGACAAAAGUCAAUCCUUCCCAGCCCUCGGGACGCUGCUGCAGCAAGACGGGGCCGGGGCUCUGUGUGUGAAAGGGAUUUGCAGCAAAACAUCUGCCUGAGGUGUUGGUUGCCAGCGCCCAUCAAGAUCUCACUGAGGGGAUUAGUCGUGGCUGUGCCAUGAUCUCUGCUGUGCUCCUCCUCUGGACUGUGCCCUGUGUGGCAAACCACAUCCUUGGGGGCUUUGCCAAGAGAGAGCUGCAGGAAGGUCCCCAGCUGGCCUGCAGCCUGCCAGGACCCCCUGGGCCUCCCGGCCCCCCCGGCGUGCCCGGCACUCCAGGGACAGUUGGCAGGAUGGGCUUCCCAGGAAAAGAUGGCAAGGAUGGCAAGGACGGGGAUAAAGGCGAGCACGGCGAUGAAGGUCCACAAGGCAGAACAGGAAACCCUGGCAAGCCAGGACCGAAGGGGAAAGCAGGAGCUAUUGGCAAGGCAGGCCCACGAGGGCCCAAGGGUUUAAAGGGUAAUCCUGGGAAAAACGGGGCACCAGGAAAGAAAGGACCCAAAGGGAACAAGGGCGAGGCUGGGAUGCCGGGACCCUGCACCUGUAAUGCCAACAAAGCCAAAUCUGCCUUCUCUGUGGCAGUCUCCAAGAGCUACCCAAGGGAAAGGCUGCCCAUCAAAUUUGACAGGAUCCUGAUGAAUGAGGGAGGACAUUACAAUGCUUCCAGUGGGAAAUUCGUAUGCAGCAUCCCAGGUAUUUACUACUUCACCUACGACAUCACUUUGGCCAACAAACACUUGGCCAUUGGCUUGGUCCACAACGGGCAGUACCGGAUCAAGACUUUUGAUGCCAACACUGGGAACCACGAUGUUGCCUCUGGAUCAACCAUCCUUUCUCUGAAGCAGGAGGAUGAGGUAUGGCUGCAGAUCUUUUACUCAGAACAGAACGGGCUCUUUUAUGAUCCCUACUGGACAGACAGCUUAUUUACUGGGUUCCUGAUAUAUCCUGAUCAAGAUUAUCUCAAUGAAAUAUAGGAUGAGAAAAUGGUCUGGAGUAAAAAGUAGGAAAUAUGUGAGGCUUCAAUCCAGCAAAGUGUGGCCUGUACAUGGACAUGUCUGGUAUUACCAGAGAAUGCCACAGCUUUGGCUCUGACAGCCUAUAUUGGCUAUUUAGAUAUUUACUUGAAGUCAUCAACAAGUCCACAGGGCACCAGGACUUCUUUAAGCAGCCUCAUGAUGAAUCUCUCCAUCUCAAAGCCAUCCAUUAUGUUUUCCACGAUUAUUCCAACAUGCCUUUGACAUGUAACUCAAAUACUGGUGCAGAAUACUUUAAUUAUUACAUUUAUUACAAUAAAGCAUGGAAACCAACAAAACCAAAGCCUAA